GGAUCCUCCAUGGACGAGCAGAAGCUCCUCUCCAUCAUCAUCUGCAGAGAAAUGCGAGCGCGGAGCGGUAACCGAGCGCCAAGUCGCGCUGCCCUCCGUCGCCCGCAGACAUGAGCGCGGCCCCGUGCGCCUCCCCCACCCGCAACCAGCCGCUCUCACCAUGCGCAUCCACUGCAAAGUCGCUGUGAUCGCCGUGUGUUUCGGAGUUUUCCUACUUUUUUACUUUUUGGGGGGCAACACCGCGGACGCUCCUCCGUUGAAAGAAGUUGCGGAGGAGGCGCAGCAGCGCGGAACCCUCCCCCGGUCGCCCUCUGAACGCGCACUCGAUGUUGCGGCGAAGUUCGCGAAGAGAUCCCACUCGGGAGGAGCCGGCGGGGGGGCGGACGAGCCUCCCGGUGCGCGCAAGGAGGGGCGCGCAUUCAACGCGGGGGCAAAGAGCAAACGUCGGGGCAUCGUGGCCCGACCCGUGACCAAGCGCAGGCGAGCGGAGGAGGUCAUGCACCUGGCCGUGGUGGCCUGUGGGAAUCGCCUGGACGAGACCCUCACCAUGGUCAAAUCGGCCCUCCUGUUCAGCCUCAAGAGGAUCACGUUUCACAUUUUUGCCGAGGAUCCCUUGGCCCCGCAGUUUGAAGAGCGGCUGAAGCGGUGGCCCCCGUCCGUCUCCGCCAAGUUCCAGUACAGGAUCUACCCCAUCACCUUCUCUGUGGGGAACGCCGACGAGUGGAAGAAGCUCUUCAAGCCGUGUGCUGCUCAGAGACUCUUCCUCCCCGUGAUCCUGAAAGACGUGGACUCGCUGCUCUACGUAGACACUGACGUGCUUUUCCUGCGGCCGAUGGACGACAUCUGGAGUCUCCUGAAGUCCUUCAACGGCACCCAGCUGGCAGCGAUGGCGCCCGAGCACGAGGUCCCAAAGAUCGGCUGGUACAGCCGCUUUGCUCGCCACCCGUUCUAUGGGGUCACCGGGGUCAACUCCGGCGUCAUGCUGAUGAAUCUCACGAGGAUCCGCAGCACAAUGUUCAAAAACAGCAUGAUCGCCAGUGGCCUCUCAUGGGAGGAUAUUCUGCAUCCACUCUAUCAGAAAUACAAGAACCACAUCACCUGGGGAGACCAGGACCUUCUCAACAUCAUCUUCCACUACAACCCAGAGUGUCUCUUCAUCUUUCCAUGCCAGUGGAACUACAGGCCAGAUCACUGCAUGUAUGGCAGUAACUGUAAAGGGGCAGAGGAGGAGGGCGUGUCCAUUCUCCAUGGCAACCGUGGCGUGUACCACGACGACAAGCAGCCAGCGUUCAAAGUGGUGUAUGAUGCAAUACAUGAUUUUCCCCUGGAAGACAACAUGUUCCAGUCGCUGUUCUACCCCAUCCAGACCAAGUUCCUGGACACGGUGAACACCCUGUGCGGUCGCAUUCCUCAGGUCUUCCUCAAGCAGAUAGAGAAGACCAUGAGGAAGGUGUUCGAGGACAAAGUGGUGCGACACGUCAGGCCCCACAAAUAAAGCGAUGGAGGAAUGGACGGCCUCGCUGUGGAUUGUGUGUCACACCCAACUGGGGGCUUCGUGUUUGCUGAGCGGUGCACACAAACUCCUUGAUGGAUCUGGUCUUGUGAACCUCGUGUUGGGUAAAAAGUACACAGAGAAGCAUACAGUGCUGGUCAGUGAUGCCGUAGAAUAGAUUUGCCUUAUUGUUGUCUUCAAACUUUCACAUCAGUUUUAUAAUGUAUAGGAUUACUGCAAAAAUGAUUUAAAAAAAUACAUUUCUAUCAAGUAUGAUCUUUGCAUCUCAAAAGUGGGCUGAAAGUAAAAAAUGAAGGCAAAUUAACCGCACAAAAGCACCCAAGGAUUUUAUUUUCCCUCGUGAACUCGAGUCCAUUUUGGAGAGCUGUGCUACUCGAAGUAUAAGAUUUAAUGGUGAGCUUGGCGUUAAUAAGAAGAGUUGCCAAAAUGCCACUGUCAGUAUUAAAUAUCGCCCAACUGAGAGAAUGUGAAUUUUCAUGUUAAAAGCUGAAUGUUAAAAUGCACUUUCUGAAUGCUAUUGAGACUGUAUGGUUGUUUGUACGCAACAUUUGAUGCUACACUGUCCGAGGGAAUCCAAACCAGAAGUGCUAGCUCUUAAAAAUACAUGGCAUACUACAGCUGAGUAUGUGCUAUGCAGAUAUUCAAUGUUCACUAGCAUUACUUUCAAUGUGGUGUAAUGAUCUAAAUAUGUCAUUCAAACCGGAAACUGGACUUUGCUGCGUGAUCAAAAUGUGUGUGUAAAUAAAUCAAUGCAACG